AUGAUAAUUCUCUCUUCAAUUCUUCUUAUAUUAGUAGCGGCAGAGAAAAGCGCUUUUGUCGCAGGUGGAAUUGAAAGAAAUUAUACUAUUCUUCGAAUUACUCCUCUUAAUAUUGAACAAAUUCAAUUUUUGUCAGCAUUAUAUCUUAACGAUGAUAAAAUGGCAGAUUUUUGGAAACCACCAACAAGAAUUAAUGAAACUAUUCAUGUUAUGAUUAAUCCAGGUUUUAUGAAAAAAUUUGAUCGGUUAUUAAAUGAAAAAUCAAUUUCUUAUCAUAUUGAAAUCAAUGAUUUUGCACAAUAUUUAAAAAAUAAAAAAGAAAUGAAACGACAACGAAAUUUGCUAUUCGAUAAUAAUAGAGAAAGACGAUUUUGGGAUGACAAUAAUAGAAAUUCAAAUAUUUUUCUUGGCAAAUAUAAUUCCUACGAUAGUAUCGUUCGAUGGUUGAAAAAUUUAGAGCAACGAUAUGAUAAUAUUGUGACAGUUAAAAGUAUUGGUACAACAGCUGAAGAACGAAUUAUUUAUGGUGUUAAGCUUGGUACCAAAAAUGUUACCUCAAAACCGGUUAUUUGGUUAGAUGCCGGUAUACAUGCCAGAGAAUGGGUAGCUAUUCAUACAGCAUUGUAUUUAAUUCAACAAUUAAUUAUCGAUUAUAAUUCAAAUUCAAAAAUAGGAGAAUAUUUGAGAUUGUUGGAUAUUUACAUCUAUCCAUGCUUAAAUCCGGAUGGCUAUGAAUAUACACAAACAAAACCAAAUGAUCCAUCCGUUCGAUUAUGGCGCAAAAGUCGCGGAUCAACAAUAAAUUAUGAAUGGGAAAAUGGUGAAAAACGUUAUUGCAAAGGAGUUGAUUUAAAUCGAAAUUUUGCUUUUCAUUUUGGUGAAAUCGGUUCCAGUUCAUCGCCAUGUUCUAAUAUUUACCGUGGCAAAUAUGCAUUUAGCGAACCGGAAACACAAGCCGUACGUGAUGCAUUAUUACCGUUACGUGAACAGAUAAAAGCAUAUAUAACAUUACAUACAUAUUCACAACUAUGGAUUUAUCCAUAUUCACAUGCAGCAAAUACGUAUUCAUCGGAUAUUGAUGAAUUGAAAGCAGUUGCAAAAGAAGGUGUAAAUUCAUUAAUGAAAUUAUAUGGAACAGAAUAUCAGUAUGGUACUGGACCUGAAGUUAUAUAUGCAUUUUCUGGUGGAUCAUCUGAUUGGGCUAAACAAUCAGCAAAUGUAAAAUAUUCAUAUACAAUUGAAUUACGUCCAUCGAAAUCAUCAAAUGCUGGUUUCAUUUUGGAUAAACGAGAGCUUAUACCAAUUGGUCGAGAAACAUACGAAGGUAUCAAAGUGGUCAUUGAUAAAGUAAUUAUGGAAUAUAAGCAAAGCCGUAACUAG